ACCGAACAUGAAUUAUUAAAUAUAUAGUAGGCGCAGUUACAAGCUGCGUUUACGAAGAGAGGUAGUUUCACAGUACUCUUAUAGCAAAAAGGGCUACAAAUAGACAAUUUGCCACUUUUAAACAACCUUUUGUUUCGUGAGAAGUUAUUUAUUUAAAAAGUUUACAAAAACAGGAAAAAGACAAUUUUCAGGAAAAUUACGUUCAACAUGUUUGGCGUGCAGAGCAUUUAUCAAGAUCACCGACUAAUUAGUUAUGUGCAUUUGCAAACAGCCUUUUUCAUCUUGAUCACUUACAACUGGAUGCUCAUAUCGGCUCUUAACAUUAAAAAACUCAACGGAGGAAACACGGAAUAUCUCAGUAAUAUUUCCCCGGAGGACUGGAAAUCUGAUUUAGACUUUGGAAUCGAAUUUAUAAAUAGGCAAGCAAGGCUAGAAGAAAAUCUUGUUAAAUCACGCGUAUUUGUCGAAAAUGGCAGCAUAUCACACGUACAGCUUUUAGACGCCUUGCCGAACGAAGAAGCCAGACGAGACAAUGAUAUCGCUAGGAAACUAUUGGCAGCCAGUCUUUAUGUGUUCAAUAGUAGAUGUACUCCACAUGGCAUAGAAGGUGAAGAUUGCGAGCAUUUUUUGGCCAUGAAGUCACUUCCAGCAAACAGCGAGUUAUUAAACGAGUGUUUACGAAUUAUUGAAAGCCGCCGAAAUGGACACAACUCAUUUCGACGGUUACUAAGUCGCUUUUAUAAGGAUGGUAUCUAUGAGAUGUUUUCGGAUAAUCAACUUAUCUCACCUUUGUUGGUAAGCAAACAAUUACAUAGUUUGAGUUUGAACACGAAAAUAAGGGAUUUGGAAGAUGUCGAAAAGAAUUUAGCUGUGAUUCAAUGGGCACAAUUUAUUGAACAUGAUCUCAGUAAACCUGUUGUAACUUCAAUGAGAGAUGGAAGCCACAUCGAAUGCUGCAACAAAGACAGUUUUGAACUCGGUCCGCGCCAUCGUCAUCCUUCUUGUGUGCCUUUGAUAUUAAAUAGUGGAGAAUCCACGUACGACAAAGUCAACUGUUUGAAUUACGUUCGCAGCGCUGUUGCUGUUAGCACAAAAUGUACUUUCGGCGCAGUAGACCAAUUGAAUCAGGCGUCAUCCCUUUUAGACCUUUCACAACUAUAUGGUUUUACAGAUGAAGCACAAAGGCACAUGCGUUAUUUCCACAAGGGUCAAAUUAAGAGCAGUGCAAAUGGUGGCGGAUCAGCAAUUUAUACCGAUCAACUACCUAAGAUAACUUCGAAUUUGGGAAACUUUUGCGCUUUUAAAAAUUACUCACAUCAGCCUGGCCAGUGCUUUAUGGCGGGAGAUUCCCGCGUCAAUAGUAGUCCGCUCACCAUUUCAAUUUAUACGAUAUUUAUGAGAAAUCAUAACCAGAUAGCCAAAAAACUUUCCUCCCGACAUCCAUUAUGGAGCGAUGAAGUGCUUUUCCAAACAGCAAAAACUCUCAAUGCUCAAAUCUAUAGGAAAAUUGUCUUUGACGAGUGGUUACCCAUUGUAUUGGGUGAAGACGCUAUUGUGAAAAUAAAACAAGGAUCCCAUAGUAAGGAUCCUGAGGAUGAAAGAAUUUCGAAUGAAUUUGCUAUAGCAGCAAUGCGCUUUUAUCUGUCGAUGUUGCCUAAUGCCUUAAACAAUUUUACUAGAGCUCAACGUCUACAGUAUACUACCUCCGACUACUUAUCUAAUACAAACAGCAAUAUUCUUCCCAGCGAGAAUAUAAUAUCAUUGAUUGAUCAAACAUAUAAACCCGAUUUGGGAUACACUUCUAAAAAAAUAGAUUCCAUAUUUGAAUCCAUUUUUAAUCAGCCUGCUAUGAAAUUGGAUACUAUAUAUGAAGACAGUCUAAUUUUAGAUAACUUAAACACAAAUAGACCCACCCAUAGUGAUCUCCUUGCUUAUGAUAUUCAGCGCGGUCGAGAUCACGGUUUGAAAAGCUAUAUAAAUUACAUCGAGAUUUACACCAGUCAGAAAAUCGGAAGCUGGACGGAUCUGGAUCGUUUUAUAGCUAUAGAUGAUUUGAACAAAUUGAAAUCCAUUUACAGCGAUGUGAACAAAGUCGAUCUGCUGGUUGGAGGCAUGGCUGAAAUUAAUUCAUUCGGUGCUUUAGUUGGUCCGACUUUUAAGUAUAUUUUGGGUGAACAAUUUUCUCGAAUAUAUCAGCGGCAGUUGCGUUUAAGGGACCAAAUGCUACCAGAGUUUGAAGGGGUAACUGUCGUUGAUUUGCUUUGCGCAAAUACCGAAUUGCAACAGGUGCCAAGGAGCGUAUUCCUCUUAAUUUCCGACAAAAACCCUCUUCUAUCGUGCAAUGAUUAUUUAAAACUGUUACGACCCUGAAAAAAUAUAUUUGUCACUACAAUAUAAAUUUAUCGAAAAUGGCAUUGUAAAAAUACAAUUAAAUAUAUAUUUAAAAAGUUUAACGA